AUGAUCCUACCAUACGAACGAGAACGCGAAUCCCAAACUCCUUCCCCACCCCAAAUCGGCUACCUGUCGCAUCUCAAUUCCCGCCAAUCAGACCCCAAUGGUUCCAUGUCGGUACCCAGUCGACAGAAGAAAAAUUUUUCCCGCCAUGCCUGGACCCACGACGACGUGAAUGUCAGCCGUCGUCUCUCGGAUAUCGGCGAGGAGCUGUCACCUGCUAGCUUAGGAUUUGGCGAUUCGGACGAACAGCUGGCUAGUUCACCGCUACUACCUGAUGAUCAGAACAAGGAUAAUGAGAAUAAAAAUAAUGCUACGUGGAGUAGCUCCAAUUCCACCAUCAGUGCGGGGAGCAGACGCGCUUCUCCUUCCAAGGAUACGUCUGAGGCGCAUAACGGACACGAUGAAUCCCCCGUUGACCCUGAGGUCGCGAGAGCGCAAGCUACUGCGGUCAUUGCGACUGCAGCGGGUUCUCCUGUGCCGGCUAGCAGUGCUGUAGCGUCUGCAGCUGCAGAGGGUAAGGGGCCAGGGGACGAGUUUUCCUCGGCGAUACUGAGUAGCGAGGCUGAGAGGAUUCUGGAGAAUGCGAAGAAACGGUUGAAUCUCAUGGAAAACAAUCUCACUCGAGCUCGGUCAACGACGCGCACAUCUGCCUCGCCCUCGCCCUCGAAUUUAGGCUAUAUCCAACCAAUGGGUAUGCAUCAGCCUGUGGGUGGACUGUACCGGUCGAUUUCGCGCACCGAUCCUAAGAACUCGUCGCUUCGACGGCAGUCGCUUAUUGCGUCGCAAGACACGACGAAUAAUCGCCAUUCGAGAGGGCACUCUGAGACGAAUAUUCCCUCUGAUUCGAGCUUCUCGAAUGAUACCAAGCGCAUCUCGCGCUCGGUCAGUGCUAUGGGCGCAAGCACUUCCUCCAGUCUUCAUACGGAUGAUCGGUCGUUCCAUUACGCACCCACGAGGGCAUAUCUGACGCACAGGUCGUCGGUUUCUUCCGCCAUACAUGCGCGUGACCAGGAGGAACAGGGUCAAAUGGCACAGUCGCCUGUUUCCACCGAAGACAGUUUGUCGGACUCGCCGCAUGGCUUGGGGAUUUCCUCCGAGGGAUCGAAAUCCAGCCCGGACGGUUUCAGUCCAGUCUACAGCUCCUAUGGCCCCCCUAGCCGCGCGCAGUCGCAACUGCAGGUGCGUGAUCUUCAGUAUCAGAUGAAGGGUCUUCACAUCAAGAUAUCUUCCCUCAAGGUGAAGAACCAGGAGGAUAAUCUUCGCCGACGUAGCUUGCAAAGCUUGCGUACACCCAGCCCACUGACAGCCGCUGAUCACUGGUAUACGAAUGCGAUGGAGCUCAGGGAUGGUCAGGGCAGUCGUGGCUCCAAUUCCCGACGUGACACCAGCUCUGAAAACGUCCAGGAUGUCUCGAAUGAUGAAGCGGCGGAAGAUCACCGCAGAUCCGACGAGCAUGCCGCUGGAAAUACAUCCAAACACACCGGAAAUAGUCAACAAAACGAGUCUGUCGACUAUGCCGAUGACCAGUCUGUCGCUGAGACCAUGUACGAAGAUGCCGAAGAAGGUGAUUUUGAGGACAUUGACCGCGAAGCCCUGAACGAGAUCUUGAGUGAACCGCUUGACGAUGAUCUCGAGAACGACAUGGAAGCCUUCCCUGACAUGCCAUUGACGGACGCGACGCCUCACGAGAUGCGCGAGGACGCGUUCGACUAUGAGCAUUUCAUAUUGCAUAGCGCACUGGGUAACUACAGCCAGCAACUCCGUCGGAUGAGCAACAGCUCGAACGGAUCAGUCGCGACAACUCGACCCACAUACAAACCGCGACACUCCCGUACCAACAGCGACAUGUCCGUCUCGACAGUAGCAACCUUCGCAACUGCAAAUGAAGGCGAGCGUCCCGACGACGAGGACGACAUCGAUAGCGUGAUGUACUGGGACCGACGAUUCAAUCAUGGUGCGUUCCGAUCCAUUUUCCCUGGCGUUUCCGACACUAAUCCCUGGUCAGAGCUGCGACACGGACAUAGCCAUGGCCAUGGUCAUAGCCGUAACCACUCCCAGUCACACCUCCAAUCUCAUGGUCCCGGCCACAGCCACCAACCAAGUCCAAUCCAAGAGGUCGAGGUUGAAGGUGAUCGCUCUGAAACACCCCGUGGACCACGAUACGCAAGCCGCAGCACCACUCCAAUGGACCCGAAUAACCUUUCUCCUCAGAAAGUUACUGGUCGCUCAUCUUCAGCGACAACUGGUUCUGCAACCCCAACCUCACUUGUCUCAUCCCUCGUGUCGACUGUGCGCGCGGCAUCCAGCACCCCCACUGUUGGUGGUAUCAACGACGAUGACACACAGAUGCUGGAAGCACUGUUCGGUAGCCUGGGUAAGGUUUGUACGGAUUUACAGACAAUCACGACCUCCGCGGAUCCAGAUGUGAAAGCUGCGCGUGUGCUGCGGCGUCGUCUGGAUGCUGCGCGGAGAGUGCUAGAGGGAGAGCUUGAUGCUUGA